GCAUAGAGCCCUUCAUUACCGACCAGACUAUUCUCUAGGGACUUUCUGAAGUCCCUAGAUGGUUUUGUGCCUCGAAGUUGGCGGGUGUGAACGACAUCCGGAUGAAUUUGUCGGAUUUCGGUCUUUCAGCAGUGCAAGAUGGCUGACCAGACGGAGCGUGCGUUUCAAAAGCAGCCAACAGUUUUCCUGAACCGCAAGAAGGGAGUUGGACCAAAAUCCAGGAAGCCCUCGAGGUACACUCGCAAUGUUGGGUUGGGAUUCAAAACUCCACGUGAGGCCAUUGAAGGUACUUACAUCGACAAAAAGUGCCCCUUUACUGGCAAUGUUUCGAUCAGAGGUCGAAUUCUCACUGGUGUUGUCCAGAAGAUGAAGAUGCAGCGAACAAUCGUCAUUCGCAGGGAUUAUCUUCAUUAUAUUAGAAAAUAUAAUCGAUUCGAGAAGAGACAUCGCAACAUGAGUGUCCACCUCAGUCCUGCCUUCAGGGAUGUGGAAAUUGGUGACGUCGUGACUAUUGGCGAAUGCAGACCCCUCAGCAAAACCGUCAGAUUCAACGUCCUCAAAGUAACCAAAGGAACUGGAUCGAAGAAGAGUUUCAAGAAGUUCUAAUUUUUCCCUUCAACAGCUGAUGGAAACCACCUGGAGACGAUUGCAAGCGCUGAUUGAUCACCAUUCAUCUUGACCUAAAUAAAUUUUUCUUGUAACAACUCAAGACAAUGUCAGCGCGAUGAGAGAACGAUGUUGAAUAAAUUCCGAUUUUCACAAAA